CAGCUUUUCCAGAAUCCUCAGAUCUCUCUCUCUCUCUCUCUCUCUCUCUCAGAUUUUUCUUUUCUUAUUUUGGGUUCAUUAUUGUUGGUACGUGGGGUUUGAAGCUUGUACUGUAGGAAAGGGGAUAGAUGGAACGAUGCAGCUCAUACGGGGCUUCCUGGGCUGAUCAGUGGGACGAUGGCGGCAAACCAGAGCCGGCGGCGGAGACCAAAAAGAGCGGCGGCGCCACCACCAAGUACCGGAAGAAGGUCGGAGAAGGCCUUGGAAAGACCAAAGCCGUGGCUUCAAAUGGCAUGAAGAAGGUUAAGGAAGGCACCGUCGUCGGCUUCCAAUGGAUCAAAGACAAGUAUCAAAAAACCACCCAUAAACGCUAAUAUAUAUAUAAUUCGUUGGUGACUAAAUUGGCUGUCAUGGAUUUCAUCAUGUAUGUUUAUCUUCUAUUUCUUUAAUUGUUGAUGUACAUGUAAUAUAUAGUCUUGGAUGGUUUUUUUUUUUUUUUUUUGUAUGUGGUUUGUAGAGUUGAAUAUUUUUUGAGGUCAUAAUAAUACGCUUGAAUUUUCUUCUAGUCACUUGGGAGCAGUUCUCUUUUUUUCCAUUUUUUUUUCUUCUUUUGUAUAUUUGAAAUUGCUUUUUUUCAUGGGAAUAUAUUUGAUUUAUGGGUUC